AGUUUGAGACUUAUUCUAGAAGCAGAGGAAACGAAAGUGCAAACUGAGAAUUAGGGAAGGGAAGAGAUCAGAGAAGAAUGGGAGAGCGAAAGAUGCUUUCGAUGGGCAUACGAUGCAAUCUCUGCGGAAAUUUCAUGUACAGGGGAACCAAAGUCAACGCCCGUAAGGAAGAUGUCAUUGCCGAGAAAUAUUUGGGUUCUCAAAUUCAAAUAUAUAGAUUCUACUUCAGAUGUAGCCAAUGCGCGGCGGAGAUAAUCAUGAAGCCGGACCCUCAAAAUUCAGAUUAUGUUGUUGAGUCUGGAUCAACACGCAAUUUCGAACCGUGGCGUGAUGAGGAUGAGCGAGUAGAGAAGGAGAAGCGGGAAAGGGAAAUCGAAGAAAUGAGGGAUCCAAUGAAAUCCUUGGAGAACACAACCAUGGAUUCCAAAAGAACAAUGGACAACUUGGCUAAUUUGGAGGAAUUAAAGUCCAUCAAGUCCAGAUACGCAACCAUCAAGCAAGAUGCAACGCUUGAAGCCUUGAAUUGUACAGCUGUGGAAAAAGAGAAGAAAUUGGAUGAGGAGGAUGAAGCACAAAUUAAAUCAAUCAUAACGCAUAACUCAAGAAACUAUGUUCAAAGAAUUCGUGAAGAAAAUAUUGAUGAUGAUGUAAUGUGUGAGCAUUUGGUGACAGAGUUGGUUGAAGCAUAUUGUGGUGGGAAUAGUGUCUUAGAAGCAUGA